CCAUCGAGCACGUAGCUGAGUUGGAGUUGUCACGUAGAGCAACCCAAGAAGAUUUACACAUAGAUCUAGUUGGGCGUUCAGCCAAAACCACCAGAGAACAGAUACCAGAAAGCAAAAGCAGGAGAAAGUGGUGAUUUAAGUUUAAAAUACAGCAUGGGAAACAGCAAGAGCAGUGCUUUGUCCAAGGAGAUUCUGGAGGAUCUAAAAAUGAACACCAAAUACAGUGAGGCUGAACUCAGCGCCUGGUACACCACUUUCCUGAAAGAGUGUCCUAGUGGGCGCAUUACUAAGGAGCAGUUUGAGGGCAUCUAUGCCAGCUUCUUUCCUGAUGCCGACCCCACUGCUUACGCACGCCACGUUUUCCGUAGCUUUGACCUCAAUGCUGAUGGCACACUGGACUUUAAGGAGUACAUUAUUGCACUGCAUUUAACCUCCUCAGGCAAAACUCUGCACAAGCUCGAGUGGGCUUUUGCUCUUUAUGACGUUGAUGGCAAUGGAACCAUCAGCAGAAAUGAAGUUCAGGAUAUUGUGAAGGCAAUUUUCAAUAUGAUUCCUGUUGAGGACCAGACAAAACUUCCAGAGGAUGAGAACACACCAGAAAAGAGAGCAGACAAAAUAUGGAACUUUUUCCAAAAGAAAGAAGAUGAUAAGAUCGCUGAGGGCGAGUUCAUUCAGGGAGUGAUGGACAACAAAGACAUUUUGAGGUUGAUACAGUUUGAUGAGCCAAAGAAAAUACAGGACAAACUGAAGGAGAAGAGGCCAUAACAUUCACACCACUUUCUCCUGAGACUGUGCACUGCUCAUUUCCUGUUUACACAGCUAAACUCCUAUGCCACUCUGGCACUCAUUUGCUCAAGAGGACCAUCUGUGUGUGUGUAUAUGUAUUUGUAUUGUCUAAAGUUAACACAGCAGAGCCAUGACCCUGCCCAACCAACUGUAUUCCUACUGCACAACUAUACAAGCUGCUUUGAGCCACUGUAUGGCCAUGCAUGUCCUCCAAGUACAAAUCAGAUCCAUUACUUAAGCAUUUACCAUUAUUGUAUUAUUGCUUUAUUUGUUUAUAAUAACAAGAAUGUUAGGUAUGAGAAAGCAAUUAGGCUCAGGUUAGCAAUCCCUCUGGUGUAAUCAAUCCUCUUAAAAUCUGAAGGUCAAUCCAGGCAAACCCUCAUGAGACAGUGGCAGUUUUAAUUUUGGCAGCUAAUUUGAUUUUCUAUUGACAAAACCAAAAACACUUUUAAUUGUAUUUAGUAAUUUGUUUUUUGCUAGAUUUAAUUUAUGAAAAACUACAAUUUUAAAUAAUUCAGCCAAUGAAAAAAAAUUUUCUCAGUUUUUCCCAUUUUUCCCCAAAUGUCAGUUUUAGGUUUUCCAAAAGGUAUAUGCAUUAAUUUCUCAUUUCUUAAGCAUCAGAUUGUAUUCAUGCACCAAUCAGAAGAGCCAUUUACAGUGCAGUGUGCAUGACCACAUAUGCCCUCUAACCAUGUGUAUCAAUUAAUUUUCAUGUUCAACCACAUUUGGUGGUGUUGGAGUCGGGGAUUACCUUUGUCCAAUCGACCAUUACUGACAUUUUUGUCUUGUUUUUAUUUGCUGAGAAAAAUGUCCUCACAUUUUGUCUUAGAUUUUGAAUACAAUGGAAGAUAUUGAUUUAGAUAUUGUUUCUUUUUCAUCAUGGAAAAAAUUGACAAAGUUAUUGACAAAGUUGUUCUGUCAACAAAAUGAACGCUGCCCUCUCUUCUAUAUAUAUAUAUAUAUAUAUAUAUAUAUAUAUAUAUAAUCUAUAAUUAUUAUUGCUUUAGUUCAGUUGGCUCUAUUUCCUGGUGCAUUUCUAUAUAUUGCCUUUAAGGGAUAUGACAUUGCAUGUGUCAGCUACAGCCGUCUGUCAGACAUUUCUUAUUGAUAACGGUUACAGUCAGUUAUUGCUAACAAAGAGGGACUUGUUCCUGUGCGUAUUUUAGCUUUACGUCAGCUAAUAAUACACUGCUCAUAGGUGUGCAAAGACUGUGUAGAAUUUUCCAUGCUUUUAAAAUGGGCCAGUGCUCUGCGUCUAGCUACUUAGAAUUUUGUUUUUAAUUAACUAGUUAAUUUUGGUCUUAGGCAUGCAUUGCAUUUUAAGAGGAAAAUUUGCAGAAAUAAAUCAUAACACUGUUGUGUAACAGUUCUACAAUGGAAAACUUGCAUUACAGGUGCAACUUUCUUUUCUCUGUUGAAUCCUUGGCAUGUUGCUUCUCUGCUUCGCCAAAGCUUUGAAGGAAUGGUGAGAAAUGCAUGGGCUUAUUUCUUUCUUUGGAUUAGGCUAAUGCAUGGCCCGGUUUCAAGGGAAAUGCUGAGUUGCUGAAGCUGAUUGGAUGUGGUGGACUUGUAGGAGGACUGGUGCUAGAAGGCUACAUUUCAUCUGCUUAAAGGGAUCAGUCCUUUCCUGUCAUAAUGGCUGGGUUAUUAAGGGGAUGUGAGGUGAUAACAAGAGUUUGACAAAGAUAUUAUUGUCUUGUUCUUGCUGUUAUGGAAAAUAAAAUAUAGUUGAAAUCAUUUUUAUUAUUAUUUCUUUAUUUCGGUGAUUUCAUGGGCAUAUUCAACAGAAACAAGAUGAUUCCAUAAACAUGUAUUAAUGGGGACCAUUAAUUUGAAAGCAAAUAAAUCAACAAUUACAGCAUCAUAUAAAAAAGCAUCUAGUUACAUACACAGACAUUUAAUGUAACAGUUUUUUUUUUAAAAA